ACUGUCAAGUGUCAGUGUCAGUGAACAUAACAACAAGGUAACCUAGAACUUUUGACUUCAGCUGUUUGUUGGUCCAAAAGAAAAUGCUGAGAAACAUAUUACGUACCAGCCGGUGGCUGGCACGGCGACAAAUCAAUAGUAUAACUCCUGUAUUACUGCGCCAUUACCCACGGAUAUCUUCGAAACCUACUAGUUUAACGUUUGACCGCCAAUUUGCUUCUACCCCCUCGUCUCAAGUAUCUGAUGUAGACCAGGCAGUGUUUGAAGAAAUCUGCAAUGAAACUUUAGAAUCUCUAUGUGAAUAUUUUGAGGAGAUCGUUGACUCGUCUCCUAAUUUGAAAGGAGCUGAUGUAACGUUUAGUGACGGAGUACUAACAGUAGCCCUUGGAAACUAUGGAACAUAUGUAAUAAAUAGACAAACACCAAACAAACAGAUUUGGCUUAGUUCUCCUGUCUCUGGACCAAAGCGUUAUGACUUAGUACUUAAAGACGGAGGCCAUUGGGUUUACAAACACGAUGGAAUAAGUCUACACAAAUUAUUACAAGAAGAAAUAUCAAAAAUAGUGACAAAUAAAGUAGAAUUUAAUAAGUGUUCUCAUAGUUUAGUGUGAAAAUUGUAUAUUUUAUUUAUUUUUUUAGUAAAUAGGUUAUAUUGUUUCAA